UCCUUUUCCUGCCCCCAUUUCUGGGUCGUCUCCUACCUAGGUCUUGUCUGUUGGUAGCUAUACCUGGGUACGAUCCCAUGAGGCCAUGAGUGCAAGCAACUUUGGGGACAGCAUGGAGUGGGGCAGGGGGAGAUCCUCCUCCUCGUCGUCGGGGUCGGGAUCGGGGUCCAGGAGGGGCAAGAGAGCUGCCGCCGUCGACAAGCCGAGGCAGCCGCAGCGGGGCCUCGGCGUUGCGCAGCUUGAGAAGAUCAGGUUGGAGGCCGAAAUGGCCGCGUACCAGAACCACCCUCCUCUCGUCGGACAGCCACCUCCGUCGUCGUCGAUCCACGGAACCGGUAGCUUCAACCUGCAGGAAGAUGCACGGUCGUCGUUGAACUACUCACUGCCGUCUUCGCCGUCCUCCUCCUUCCAUGCUAACAACACCAACGUUUCAUCGACCUACCCGUUCUAUCCAAAUCUUAUGAUGGCCUAUAAUGGAUGGAGAUCAGGAGACAUGAGAUAUGGCGAAUCCCCAACUACUCCCAUCAUCAGAUCAGCGUCGAAUUACCAUGGAGCAACUACCUAUGGUGCAACACAUUACCCUCAUUCGGGUAGCGACCACACUUUGCCUCUCUUCGAACCUGAGCUAGACCUAAAUCAAAUGGCGACAGUAGACUCAUCGUCGGCGAGUACGAACCUGGAUGAUGUGGACCUUGAGCUCAAGCUAUGAUCCCACCUGGUUAAACAUGUGCAUGCUCCUUGCAUAUUAAUGGAUAUGAUGCCACACGAAGCGGAGAGCUUUGUCGCGCGGUGUGUUUAAUUCUCAUGCAUAUAUUGGAUUGUGAUUGAUUUGGCGAUGGAUGCUGGCUAGCUAGCUAGUUAAUUUGUACAGACAUAAGCACACUACGGCCAUGGGUUUCAGAAUAUAUGGCGCAGAAUCACAAGGAUAUAUAGGGCAGCUGGUCUACCUAGGCCACUGAUCCCGCUGCCUUUUGCACCUAGCUAUUGUUGUAUGAUGACAAGGUACGUAUAUUCUGGUGCAGUACUAUGGGCGUCGAUUGUUCUCGAUCUUAA